AUGGGAAAAGCUGAGCCAAAGGAGGUAAUAAAAGAUGGACAAUUUGAAAGAGUGAGAAAGAUUACAGAUCAGAAAGGACCAGAUGCAGUGAAAACAUAUCUUCAAAAAAAUAUUUAUCGAAGGAAAGAAGAAAAAGUAUCAUUUGCUGUAACUGGAAGAUCCGCUACUGGAAAAUCAACGCUUAUUAAUAAAGUGCGCGAGGUUAAACCAGGUGAUCCAGGAUUCGCCAAAUCUGGAAGUGGAAACACUACAAGAGAACCAACAGCGUACGAAAAUCCACAAAAUAAGAGAAUAGUAUUCUACGACCUACCAGCAGUCGGAACAAUGGAGUUUCCAAUAAAUACAUACGUUUCAAAAAUGAAAUUAAGUCAAUAUGAUUACUUUUUCAUAUUUUUUGACAAAGUUGUAAGUGCAGAUGACUAUUUCUUUAUCACCAAAUUGGUAGAAUUGAAAAAGCCGUUCAGUUUGCUUCCUUGUGAGCAGCAACCCUCUAUCAAGGAAAUGAUGAAAGGAAAUGCAAACUCUGGAAUAUUGUAUCAACUGGGAGAUACAAAUUCCAUAUACAGGAGCUACUGGAAUGGUGCUACAUAG